CCGCUCUGGAGGUGACCGGCUGUAAAUAAUAACAAUGGCUACCCUGGGACGGUCACUAUCUUCUCUCCCCCAACUAUCUUCGCUCUCCCUGCUCCCCCGCCUCCCCCAGCUCCUCAGGGACGCCGCCAGGGUCACCCCAGUAUGCCCCCAGAGAGGAUUCACAGCGGCCAAGCCGUUCCCUGUGGCGCAGUACGGGGGUCGGUUCACAGUCACCAUGAUUCCUGGUGAUGGGAUUGGACCAGAAAUGAUGGGAUAUGUUCGGAAUAUAUUCAGGUACGCGGGGGUGCCGGUGGACUUUGAGGAGGUUCAGAUCACCAAGAAUUCCACGGAGGAUGAGUUUGAGAAGGCCCUGGUGUGUAUCAAGAGAAAUGGUGUGGCACUCAAAGGCAGCAUAGAGAGCAAGUACGGUGAUGUCUCGUUUUCUUCCCGCAACGCCACCCUGCGGACACAACUGGACCUUUUUGCCAAUGUCCUUCACUGUCGCUCCCACCCCGCCCUGCCAUCCCGCUACCCUGACCUGGACAUUGUGCUCAUCAGGGAGAACACAGAGGGGGAGUACUCUAUGCUGGAACAUGAGAAUGUGCGUGGAGUGGUGGAGAGCAUGAAGGUGAUCACCCGCCACGCCUCUGAAAGAAUCGCCCGGUAUGCCUUUGAGUACGCACGGAGGAACGGACGCAGCAAGGUCACCGCCAUACACAAGGCUAAUAUCAUGAAGCUCUCUGACGGACUGUUCCUGGAAACGUGUCGGCGGGUGGCCAAGGAGUAUCCGGAGGUGGAAUUUAGUGACAUGAUCGUAGACAACACCUGUAUGCAACUUGUCUCACGGCCUCACCAGUUUGAUGUGAUGGUGAUGCCUAACCUCUAUGGUACGGUGGUGUCCAAUGUCGCCUGCGGGCUGGUGGGGGGGCUGGGACUCCUCUCUGGCAGAAAUUAUGGCGAUCAUUUUGCAGUGUUUGAGCCAGGCACCCGGAACACUGGCACCUCAGUAGCUGGCCUCAAUGUUGCCAACCCCAUUGCCAUGCUGAGUGCCGCCUGUGACAUGCUGGUCCACCUCGGCCUCACCUCACACGCUCACCUCAUCUCUGCCGCCAUAAACAAGACCAUUAAUGUUGAUAGAGUGCAUACAGCUGACAUAGGGGGCCAAGCCACGAGCCUGGAUGUGGUGCAGAACAUCAUUCACGACAUACAGGACAAGACCAAGACUGGAAACUGGAUUUGAAACACCCGCCAAAAAAAAAAACAAGAAAACAAAAUAAUGAAGACAAGACAAGACAAGACAGGAAGGGUUUAUUUAAUAUUAAGAGAGAUACAAAGGUGAGUGAUAGACAAAAAAAAAAUAAAAUAAAAAUAAAUAGAAAUAAUAGUAAAAAAAAUAUCGUACGGUACGGUUUUGUGUAGAUCAUCGUACCUCAGACCGGAAGUGUACGAGAGUUGCCUGUUUCAUUAUUAUAGACGCAAAAUGAAUCAAAUAAAAAAAAUAGGAAACUUAUAUAUAGAGGAAGAUAAUAUAAAUGUAAAGUGACUAUUAUUACUAUUAUUAUUUUACUCUUCUUUUUUAUUAUAGUCAUUGUGUACAUAGAAGGAGGAGGAAGAAAAUAGUUAAAUAGUGUUGUAAAUAGUACGAUAAUGCUGUGUUUUUGUUCAUUGUUGUAAUAUAUUGACAAGGUGGUG